AUGUCUACCUUGGGUCUCCAGGUCAUGAUCUCAUGUCUAAGUUUUCGCACGAACACUGGGUCCGUCCCGACACCUAUAAAGAACAUGACUUUGCUGGUCGAGUGGCUUCUGGAACACGGCGCCGACCCGAACAUGUGCGACAAGAAAGGCUUCUCGCCCCUCCACUACGCAGUCUUCUGGCUCGAUGCCCGGGCCAUCGAGCUUCUCCUCCAUUAUGGCGCUCGGAUCAAGCGUAAGGACGAGUUGAAGGUCAUUAAUGCCCUCCUCAGUGGCAUCUACACCAGGAAACACCAUGAAGAGUCACAGUGUAACAGCCUACACCCCAGCAUGUGGGUGAGGAUGGUGCAGAAUGUCGACUUACACCUCGCGUCGAGUCAUUACAUCGGCAGCAGCUGCAUCGAGCACUGGCAGCCCGGCACGUCACUGCCCGCAUGUACGGUCCACCGCGAGUAUCAUUCUUGGUGGAUCUCGGAGAGAAAAGAACAAUUGGUGCAUCCGGAGCUCGUCAAGCGGUGGGGAGGUCUGCGUAAAGCUCUGCGCGGAGUACCGAAGAGCGCAAGAGGAAGAUCUUGUUUGGGACUGGGCGAUGGCGACGUACCAGAGUCCUUGGUUUCUGAACGAGAUCAAGCGGCUCAGUGGAAAGGCUGGCGAUUAUCGGCCUGGGGUUCAUAUGGACAUCACCGGGCUACCUAUGUGGGAGGGGGGAACAGUGUUUCUGUUAACUUAACGAGCAGUAAUUCUAGUGGAGAUCUCAAGGCCUAA